AUGGAACUCUCUCAGUUGACUUCAAAAGCUUCUACUUGCCGGUUCUUUCUCAUCCUCGCCGCCACCAUCGCCGUCGCUGCCGUAGACAAUGACGACGCCAUGAUGUCGAGCCUCCUCGAGGCCAUAUCUCCCGCCCCAACCGGCUGGUCUCACUCUGCUGACUAUUGCUCCGAAUGGAAAGGCGUAAACUGUAGCUCCUCCGGCCGAGUCACCACCAUCAACUUAGCCAAUCUCGAUCUAACGGGAACUCUCCCUUCCAAUCUCGCUUCUCUCUCUGAACUAACUCACUUCAAUCUCCAAGGCAACCGCUUCUCUGGGCCAUUGCCUUCCUUCGCCAACCUUUCUUUGCUCGAAGAAAUCUUCCUUGACCACAACAAGUUCAACUCCGUACCCCCUGGUUGUUUCCAAGGACUCACCAGUUUGGUGGACUUGACUAUGGAUCAAAAUGGCGAUCUCUUCGUGUGGGCUUUUCCCAUUGAGCUUACUGGAUCUCGAAGCUUGGUUAAUCUAAGCAUGGUCAGUUGUAAUGUAAAUGGUUCCAUUCCAGACAUCUUCUUCGGUUCCUUCCCGAACUUGCGAAACUUGAACCUUUCUUCCAAUCAUCUCAGUGGAGUUUUGCCUCCGAGCUUCCCCGACUCAGGAAUUCAGAAACUCUCGCUUUCUCAAAACUCUUUCACGGGUCCAAUCCCGGACCUGUCGAAGCUAGACACCCUUUCCGAGCUCCAGCUGCAGGGUAAUCUAUUCACAGGCGUUGUUCCAAGCUCAUUGAUGUCGAUUCGGAGCUUGCGAAAGGUGUCUCUGAUGGACAAUCGGUUGCAGGGUCCUCGGCCUUCGUUCCCUCCGUAUGUCACCAAGGUUGAUGUUCUGGGUGGCAACACCUAUUGUAAGGACACUGCAGGACCUUGCGAAAGGCAGGUAGAUGUGUUGCUUGAGGUUGCUAGAGAUUUGGGGUAUCCUUCUUUGCUGGCAGAUUCUUGGCGAGGGAAUGAUGUGUGCAAAGGCUGGAGAUACGUCAAAUGCGAUACACUAGGCAAAAACGUUACGUUGGUGAAUUUUCACAAGCGCUCUUUCACAGGGAAGAUCUCCCCUGCUUUCGCCAAUCUUACAGAGUUGCAGAGGUUGUUGUUGAAUGACAAUAAGUUGACCGGUCCCAUACCGGAUAGCUUAACACUCUUGCCUCGUCUUCAGCUUCUUAAUGUUUCUUAUAACAAUCUUAGUGGAACAAUUCCUACGUUUCAAUCGACGGUGACAUUAAUUACUACUGGUAAUCCACUUUUGGGGAAUCAUACUUCUAGCUUGGAGCAUAAUGGGACUUCAUCCAAUGGUACUUCACCGGAUUUUUCUGGUAUAAAUCUUUGCAUAGUUAUUGAUGUCUUUUUUUUCUUUUUUCUUUUGUCAAAUUGUUGUGAAAAAAAUUAG